GUAUGCGUGGGUGUGCAGGUGCGAGGGUUGGCUGUGGAGCUCAGAGGGGAGUCGGCACCGACACAGUCCGCCAGGAGAACAGCAGGUCAGAGCUCAACGAGGGGCCCUGACUGCUAACCAUGGAUCCAUAGCACUGAGGGGACCACCCUCAGAUGAAAUAUAAGAGCCAAAAAAUCAAGAAGAAAUAAACCAAAAAAGAAAAGCAAACAAAAAAGCACUCAAAACAAUGGUUGCAGAAGAAGUGAUCAUCACUCUGUCCGGUGGUGCACCAUGGGGGUUUCGACUGCAGGGAGGCGUGGAGCAUCAAAAACCACUCCAAGUUGCAAAGGUGCGUAAACGUAGCAAGGCCUGCCGGGCUGGGCUGCGGGAGGCGGAUGAACUUGUAUCUAUCAAUGAACAUCCAUGUGGAACCCUUUCUCAUGCACAGGCCAUGAACCUCAUUGACAGCUCCCCUGGGAUUUUAAACAUCAGAGUAAAAAGGGCACCUGCUGCUUUUCAGUCUGUGAUCCUUGUCACCCGUGCCCCAUCUCCACGGAUAGAUAAAGAGUACCGUGCUGCUCUGAAAGCCAUGUCACCAACCCAACCCCACCAUGCGCCAGUCCGUGAGGUCCACCGCAGUCGUUCUUCCUUGACUAGUGGAUUGACUUCUCCACCUGGAAGUGAAGCUUACUACGGUGAGACCGACAGCGAUGCGGACGUGGCGGGUUACGAAAGGCAAAGACGGCAAAAACGGCGAAGUCCCAGCAACUCCAACUCUGGAAAGCCAUCAGGAAGGACAUCUCCUGAAGGUGGAGAGACAUCAGAGAUGAGUGGCUACGACAGUGCUCCAGAUGCACAGGCUUUUCCACGUUCAUUGGAAGGGCGUGGAGGAAAUGGAGAUGAAGGAACAAGUCUACCAGGGGUCACAAGAAAAGAGGUUGUUUACAAACCACCUGGUCCGGGAUUAUGGUCCUCCCAGACGUCUACUGAAACUUCCUCCAUAAUCUCCUCAGCAGAUGACCAGGGGCCACGGGAUGGAGGACAAGAGGAAGAUAGUGGUUUCUUAGAACCAGCCAAUGUGCCACUAGUGUCCCCUGAGAGGGCAAAAGAGGCUUUGAUGUUGGGUUCUCGCAGCCAGCUUGUGCCCAUGGUGGGUCCUGUUAAUAAGCCUAUUGAUGAAGAACUCACAACAACCUACAUGGAAAAAGCAAAACAAGCUAAACUAAAUCGAGGAGAUACACUUCAGGAUAAGCAAGUAAAGGAAGCCAAAAGCAAGUGUCGAACUAUUGCAUCUUUGCUGACAGAUGCUCCAAACCCUCACUCCAAGGGAGUGCUGAUGUUCAAGAAAAGAAGGCAACGCUCAAAAAAGUACACCCUCACAAGCUUUGGGAGUGUAGAUGAGGACAGGUUCGAAGAUUCACAGGAGGAUGAUGGGGUGUUUCCUGGCAGCGAAUCUGAGUUUGAUGAGGAAGGCUUCUCUGGGGCUCCAGACCCAACUUGGGAUAGUGACUACCUGGAUAAGCUGGAAAAGAGGGCAACAGCAGGCACAGAAGGUCGUGAGGUUGGGGCAGAAAAUGCUUUGGAUCCUGGUUUGAGUGAUACUGUGGGAAAGGGUGCCCAGUUGUUUGAGCAGCAGAGAAAAAGGGUGGAUGAACUUGCAAAGAAAGGUGAGACAGGACAUCCUCAUGCACCAGCAGGAUCUCAAGUACAGGAACAUUGUCACAUGAAUCCAUCACAUCCUGAAAUGCCUACACAGUUGCAACAACUGCAAAAACAAUUACCAUCAGGUCCUACACAGGAAACUCAGUCCAAUACUCAUAAUACUCAUACUCUUCAAGCUCAAACUGCUGAUUCGCCCUAUGCAGUAUCUCAUGGGGACCUACCCCACUCUGCAUUAAGUGCAGUUAGCAUGGAAAUGGCAACUCCUCCUGUUGCACCCAAGCCAGCCCCAGCCUCAGUAACAGUUUUGAGCAACUCUGCACCCCCUACUGAAACACCGUUACCUGAAUUGCCUACAAGCAAUGUUCUUAAUAGAACAGCGCGUCCGUUUACCCCUGGCUUUAUAAGCAUUCGAGCUGCUACUGCUCCUGUAACAUUUCGACCAGCUGUCACAAAGAAGACACAGCGACCUGCCUCAACAGCUGUUGCGACUCCACCAUUCUCAACUGCCUCUGAACUAGCCAAUAAUGCGCCACCUCUAGCAUCACAGAUACCCCCUGGUCUGCCAACAGUGGUGUCAAACCCAUACUCCUUCCCUAAAUCUGCCAUGCCUCCAACACCAGAAGCUCCUGUUACUGUACACACUCCUGCUCUUUCUGUUCCGAUCCAAACAGUACAAUCAUCACCAAUGUUAACUGGAGUUAAUCAGGCUCCAUUUUCAACUAUCACCACAAUGUCUGUGCCUUCAGUACCUAGACCUGCACAAAGAGUUUCAGUGCCUGUUCCUCAUUUAUCCCAAAUGUCUGGUGCAACAGAUUCAGCUGCCUUCGUGCCUCCACUUCAAGUCCUAAUGGCUCAGCCACCAGACCCCCAAAUUUCCAGGCCACGUAUGACUCAGCCACCAGAACCCCACAUUUCCACACCACCUGUUACUCAGCCACCAGAAUCCCACAUUUCCAGGCCACCUGUGACUCAGGUGUCAGUAGUAACUCAGCCAGAAGCUUCUGCCCAAACUCCUGUUCCUGCUCCAACAGGUCGAACAGGAAUCCUACUUGAAGCACGUCGGCGUUGUGGCAAACCUAAACCUAUGUUCAAUGUGCCAGAACUGAAAAAGAACUCCCCAAAUCCUGAACUGUUGUCAUUGGUGCAGAACUUAGAUGAAAGGUUCACCAGACACAAAUAUGGACAAGCAACCAAUGAAGAAGUGUAUGAUCUUGCAGAGGAGGAAAGAAGUGGUGAUGCUGGUACAGGAAGGGUGCCACCCCCAGUUGCACCUAAACCUCGGGUCAUCCAUGAGACUCCACAGAUUCUUCAGGCAGAGGGGAAGGGAGCUCAGCUGUUUGCCAAAAGACAGAGCCGAAUGGGCAUGUAUGUAGUUGACAGUCCACCUGCGACCCCAUACCAGCAGGAUGUGGCAAUGCAAAAUGCAGUCCAACAGUUUGACUCCUCUGUCAAUAAUUCAUAUCCCUCUCAGUGGAAAUAUUCCCCAAAUGUCCGUGCACCUCCACCAAUUGGAUAUAACCCACUAUUAGCUCCCUCUCUUCCCUCAGGGCCUCAGAAGGACACAGGGAUCCCAGACAAAAAGGCUAAAGGAGGCUCCCAAAAGGAAGGCAUUAAGGCUGUGGAUUUCAUGAAAAGGCAGCCUUAUCAGCUUAACUCUGCCAUGUUCCAGUAUGGAGGCAGUGCCGCCAAUCUAUCAGCAAUGCCUUCAUACCAGGCUCAGCACAAUAACUACACAACAACAAUGGUGGGUAGCUCACUGACCUCACCUCGGCAAAUACCCCUCAAAACCGCCCGUGUCUAUGAAAUCAAGCGUUUCUCUACACCCACGCCCAUGUCAGCUCCAUCACUUGCACCUAAAGUCAUUGCACCUCGCUCAGCUACAAGUCUUGGAGAACGCUUGACUCAUUCAGGCAUGAUCUCUCCACCUCCUGCCCCCUUUACUCCAGCUUUAUCCCCACCAGAGUCAGUCAGUACUUUGAAACCAGUUUCGUCUGCCUCCCAACAUUCGCGACUACCUGACCUGCCGAAAUUCGCUGGUACCCCUAUUCCAAACCCUGUACCUUCGGUCCCCACACCUUACACUCCAUCAUCAUACACCAGUGGGCUGCAGACAGCCAAGCAGUUUCAGAGUGCUCCUGAGCUCAGCAUUCUUGCUUCUUUGCCCCCACUGAAGACCAACCCGGUUCAGGCUCCAAAACCACGCUUUGUUGCCAACAGGGGUGGUGCCCAGCCGCAUGUCUGGAGACCAGGAGCAUUUUAGAAAGCAGCACACCCAUAGGGUUAGUUAAUGUUCAACAUGAAAUCCAUAAUUUGCAAAUGUUAUAAUGGCUUUCUUGUCUAAAGGGAGUAAAAAUGAUCAUUACAAACAAUCAAAGGACAGUUUCAGUUUGCAAAAUAAACGGACAAGGAUUUUGAGGAUAUUUGUCUUUAAGUUAUAUAUAUAAUGUUUCCAAAAAGAAACACCAAGCUAAUAAAAAAUUUAGUUUCCAUCAGGUUAAGAAAAAAUUUGGUGGUACCAAUGGUACCCUCUGUAUGAUGUAUGUUUGGUCUUUUGAGGGCUACUUUGCUCGUAUAGAGCAAAAAGGUGCCUAAACAUAACCUGGGUGAAAGGCUUUCUCUUUUGCACAGGUCACAGUAAACAAGAACAAUUUAGACAAUAUUUGUCACUAGGCUUUCUUAGAUGCCAUUCAUUCUCAUUAAACUCUCCUUUUUAAUUGUUAUUGCUUUCAGAUAAAUGUUAAUUGUUGAAAUAUAUUAAACCAAUACCACACUUAAAUGAUGCAUUUUUUUAUUCUAAAGGAAUUGGUUGGAAGUUGAUGCACUUCUUUUUUUAUAAAAGGAAUCAAGAGGUGAGAGCGGUUGUGAUGAGAGGAUAAUACAUGUAAUGGAGUCUCAGGUAGAUCAUUGUCCAUUUCCUUGAAAUGGUUAUGGUCAAAUUUGAUCAAAUUAAAGCUUCUGAUCCAUUACAUGCAUUUUAAAACCUCACAGGCUGUAGAUGUAUGCAGAACGCCUAGGGAAGUAUGAACAGAUACAUUUGUGGUGAUGCUCAAGAUGCUGAUGGAAAGAAGAAUUAAGCUUUAUCAAUAUUUUCUUCAACAACAGUUGUGAUAAAAAGCUGAAAUGUGAUGGUAAAGUACUGUGGAACAGGUGUUACAAUGGAAAGAAGUAUGGAAUAAAUAGAAUUCUUGUAUUGUUUAUUUAUUUUUUUACAUUUGUUUAAAUACAAGUUUUAAUGAAGGCUUGCAUUCAUAACACAGUUGCCGAAGAAGCUCAAAUCGUGCAUACAGUCAUGUUGAGGUGUAAAAAAUAUUAUCAUCUAGACAGUUAAAAUAAAUGCCAAGUGUGAAACUGUUUGUUAUCAUUGCUGAGUGGAAGUUUAUACUGAGUAGAAAAAGGCAUAUAUUUUGGAGAAAUAAAAUUAGAUUUGAAAGCCC